AUGUAUGGUCUGGAAGAAGACCUGUAUGAUCCCGAAAAAGGCCCAGGAUUUGACUCAUUUGGAGAUAGUGUGGCAGGAUAUGUACAAGCAAGUGACAUAAACAAAGUAAAAGAAGACCUUUUGAAUAGAAGAGUUGAAUAUGGCGACGUAUUGAUUUAUGCCAUCUUACGAGGACCAUUCAUGUACCAAGUACAUAGCUAUGGUUACCCUUUUGAUGCUUAUUCCGUCCAGGACUAUGAAAAUCCAUCAGAUAUAAUAUUGAAUUAUAAAGAUGAAGGUGGCUUUAUAGAUAAUAUGAAAAAAGCAGGGCAUCCGAAGAAGGGAUUUUAUGGGGAGCACGAUAAAUUAAGAAUAUUUACAUAUACUAACCGAAGGUUAUUAAUCGGCAUCCCCCGAUAA